GCCUUGAUGUGUUCCAUUGCCCUUCUCCCUUGACUCUCGCGAUCCUCAGUGAUGCGACCUUCCGUUCGCGCAUAUCCCGAUCCCACAUCCACAGUCAAUGGAAAUGCAUGUUAUCAACUAGUGGGUAUCGUAUAUUUCGGAAACAGUCAUUUUACAGCCAGGUAUGUCGAUCCCGACCGUGUUAUAUGGUUCAAUGAUGGUAUGAUUCAAGGGAGACGUGCAAUACGAGAAGGUGGAAUUGACAUCACUGAUAUGCCCCUUGAUCCAAACGGCAAAACUCCGGAUGCAUUCAUAUACAAACGAUGCACCGGGUAAGGUGAUUGAUCUAUCUGACAAACAUAGGACUCGGAAUUGCCACAUGUAUGGGAUGGCCCUCACCUGCUAGUACUACAGGAGGUUAGCUAAAAC